AUGGUAUCCUACAUUUACUGUGGUGAUCGAGAACGCUCCCUACGAGACUCCCAACUGAGUUCAGAUGAAACGACCGGCGAGGCAGCUGAGGUCUCUUCCCGCAUUCUCUCAACGUACCAUGCUGGCGAGCCCCUCUUCAGCAAAGAAAUUAUUCGGGACGUUGCCCGACAGCUUGCUAAUACCGAGUGCCGCAAAGUCUCAGUCAGAGGACUCGACGGGCAGGUCGUUGAAAUCGAUGUAGAGACUGGAAACGUGCUCGAUACUGGUAACCCAGAAUGGGACUACGUUAUGUAG